GGCGUGGGCGCGGGGGUCGGGAGGGGGCCUGCCCGGGCGGAGGCGGACCUGGAGUGGGGCGCGGGCCGGGCGGCCCUGUGGAGCGGCGUCGGGGCCGUAGGGGGCGGCCUGGGGCGCGGCCGGCGCGUACCUCCCUUUCAGGACCGUGCGCUCGGCUCGCGCCUUUGAAGUGCACAGUUAAAUCCACAGCGCAGUUUUUGUUGGAAGCGCCCGGAGGACAUUUGGUGCGCCGAGUGACUGUGGAAACAGGACCUGCGUUGAAAGCCGGGCCGGGUGGGGGCCGCUGGGGCCGGGGGCGGCCGCGGCGGGGGCGGAGGCCCGGUCGGGUCUUUUGCAUAAAAGGGGCGGCGGGGCGCGCCGCUCCCCCUCUACGGCCGGUGGCUCUCGCUCUGAUCCAGAGAUUGUGGUUUCCCGCACCCCCCCCCCACCCCCGCCGCGCGACUCCCCAUGUUCCCCUACGCCGCGGCCCGCCCGGGGGGGCCCGGGGCUGCUGCCGCGAGCGGAGCCGGGGACCGGGGCCAGGCCCCUGCCCCGGGCGCCUGCGAGAUCUCGCCGCGGAGCGCGCGCGCGGAUCAAUGAGAGGAGGCUCAGAUGAGCCCCUGCUGACUUGAGAGAGACAGACAGACCACGCCGAUUGCUGAGAGGAACUGGAAGAAGAAGAAAAAAUUCCCAAACUCAGUGGGAAGAGCUCCCUCACCAUGAGUAGUGCUGUGUUGGUGACUCGCCUCCCGGACCCCAGCAGCAGCUUCCGUGAGGAUGCCCCGCGGCCCCCAGUGCCAGGGGAAGAAGGGGAGACCCCACCGUGUCAGCCAGGGGUGGGCAAGAGCCAGGUCACCAAACCCAUGCCUGUCUCUUCCAACACCAGGCGGAACGAAGAUGGGCUGGGGGAGCCAGAGGGGCGAGCAUCCCCUGAUUCCCCUCUGACUAGGUGGACCAAGUCCUUGCACUCCUUGUUGGGCGAUCAAGACGGUGCUUACCUCUUCCGGACUUUCCUGGAGAGGGAGAAAUGCGUGGAUACCUUAGACUUCUGGUUUGCCUGCAAUGGAUUCAGGCAGAUGAACCUGAAGGAUACCAAAACUUUACGAGUAGCCAAAGCGAUCUACAAAAGGUACAUUGAAAACAACAGCAUUGUCUCCAAGCAGCUGAAGCCUGCCACCAAGACCUACAUAAGAGACGGUAUCAAGAAGCAGCAGAUUGAUUCCAUCAUGUUUGACCAGGCGCAGACCGAGAUCCAGUCGGUGAUGGAGGAAAAUGCCUACCAGAUGUUUUUGACUUCUGAUAUAUACCUCGAAUAUGUAAGGAGUGGGGGAGAAAACACAACUUACAUGAGUAACGGGGGACUGGGGAGCCUCAAGGUCGUGUGUGGCUAUCUCCCCACCUUGAACGAAGAAGAGGAGUGGACUUGUGCUGACUUCAAGUGCAAACUUUCGCCAACUGUGGUUGGUUUGUCCAGCAAAACUCUGAGGGCCACAGCAAGUGUGAGGUCCACGGAAACAGUUGACAGUGGAUACAGGUCCUUCAAGAGGAGCGAUCCUGUUAACCCUUAUCACGUAGGCUCUGGCUAUGUCUUUGCACCAGCCACCAGUGCCAAUGACAGUGAAAUAUCCAGUGACGCGCUGACAGAUGAUUCCAUGUCCAUGACGGACAGCAGUGUAGAUGGAAUUCCUCCUUAUCGUGUGGGGAGUAAGAAACAGCUCCAGAGAGAAAUGCAUCGCAGUGUGAAGGCCAAUGGCCAAGUGUCUCUACCUCAUUUCCCGAGAACCCACCGCCUGCCCAAGGAGAUGACCCCCGUGGAACCUGCCACCUUUGCGGCUGAGCUGAUCUCCAGGCUGGAGAAGCUGAAGCUGGAACUGGAGAGCCGCCACAGCCUGGAGGAGCGCCUGCAGCAGAUCCGAGAGGAUGAAGAGAAGGAGGGCUCCGAGCUUACACUCAGUUCGCGGGAGGGGGCACCUACACAGCAUCCCCUCUCCCUACUGCCCUCUGGCAGCUACGAGGAGGACCCACAGACGAUCCUGGACGAUCACCUGUCCAGGGUUCUCAAGACCCCUGGCUGCCAGUCCCCGGGCGUAGGCCGCUACAGUCCCCGCUCCCGCUCCCCGGACCACCACCACCACCACCCGCAGUACCACUCCCUGCUCCCGCCCGGUGGUAAGCUGCCUCCAGCCGUCACCUCACCAGGUGCCUGCCCCCUCCUCGGGGGCAAGGGCUUUGUGACCAAGCAGACGACGAAGCAUGUCCACCACCACUACAUCCACCACCACGCCGUCCCCAAGACCAAGGAGGAGAUCGAGGCGGAGGCCACGCAGCGGGUUCACUGCUUCUGCCCCGGGGGCUCCGAGUAUUACUGCUACUCGAAAUGCAAAAGCCACUCUAAGAUUCCAGAAACCAUGCCCGGCGAGCAGUUUGGCGGCAGCAGAGGCAGUACUUUGCCCAAACGCAAUGGGAAAGGCACGGAGCCGGGCCUGGCUCUGCCCGCCAGGGAAGGAGGGGCCCCUGGCGGAGCCGGGGCCCUGCAGCUUCCCCGGGAGGAAGGAGACAGGUCGCAGGAUGUCUGGCAGUGGAUGCUGGAGAGUGAGCGGCAGAGCAAGCCCAAGCCCCAUAGUGCCCAAAGCACAAAAAAGGCCUACCCCUUGGAAUCUGCCCGCUCGUCUCCGGGUGAACGAGCCAGCCGGCACCACCUGUGGGGGGGCAACAGCGGGCACCCCCGUACCACCCCCCGUGCCCACCUGUUUACCCAGGACCCUGCAAUGCCUCCCCUGACCCCACCCAACACUCUGGCUCAACUGGAGGAGGCCUGUCGCAGGCUGGCUGAGGUGUCUAAGCCCCCAAAGCAGCGGUGCUGCGUGGCCAGUCAGCAGAGGGAUAGGAGUCACUCGGCUGCUGUUCAGGUGGGAGCCACGCCCUUCUCCAGUCCAAGCCUGGCUCCAGAAGAUCACAAAGAGCCAAAGAAGCUGGCAGGUGUCCAGGCGCUCCAGGCCAGUGAGUUGGUUGUCACUUACUUUUUCUGUGGGGAAGAAAUUCCAUACCGGAGGAUGCUGAAGGCUCAGAGUUUGACCCUGGGCCACUUUAAAGAGCAGCUCAGCAAAAAGGGAAAUUAUAGGUAUUACUUCAAAAAAGCAAGCGAUGAGUUUGCCUGUGGAGCGGUUUUUGAGGAGGUCUGGGACGACGAGACAGUGCUCCCGAUGUAUGAAGGCCGGAUUCUGGGCAAAGUGGAGCGGAUUGAUUGAGCCUUUGGGGUCUGGCUUUGGUGAACUGCUGGAGCCCGAAGCUCUUGUGACCCGUCUUGGCCGUGAGCAACUGCGACAAAACAUUUUGAAGGAAAAUUAAACCAAUGAAGAAGACAAAGUCUAGGGGAGAAUCGGCCAGUGGGCCUUCGGGAGGGUGGGGGGAGGUUGAUUUUGAUUAUUCAUGAGCUGGGUACUGACUGAGAUAAGAAAAGCCUGAACUAUUUAUUAAAAACAUGACCACUCUUGGCUAUUGAAGAUGCUGACUGUAUUUGAGAGACUGCCAUACAUAAUAUAUGACUUCCUAGGGAUCUGAAAUCCAUAAACUAAGAGAAACUGUGUAGAGCUUACCUGAACAGGAAUCCUUACUGAUAUUUAUAGAACAGCUGAUUCCCCCAUCCCCAGUUUAUGGAUAUGCUGCUUUAAACUUGGAAGGGGGAAAGAGGAAGUUUUAAUUGUUCUGACUUAAAACUUAGGAGUUGAGCUAGGAGUGCGUUCAUGGUUUCUUCACUAAAAGAGGAAUUAACGCUUUGCACUACGUCUCCGAGUGAAGACAGACUUUUUAAAAUGGUGCCCUACCAUUGACUCGCGCAGAAAUUGGUGCAUUUUUUUUUUCGUAUGCUGCUCUGUUUUGUCUUAAAGGUCUUGAUGGUUGACCAUGUUGUGUCAUCAUCAUCAGCAUUUUGGGGAUUGUGUUGGAUGGGGUGAUCCGUUGCAGAGGAGGAGGCAGGGAACCUCACUCCUUGGGGCCCCAGGUUGAUCCUGUGACUGAGGCUCCACCUCAUGUAGCCUCCCCAGGCCCAGGGCUCCUCGGCCGAGGCCCGCCAGAGUCACUGCUGCGAGGUUCCAGCUGUGCUUUCGUGGAAAUGACAGUCCUUGGUUUUUGGUUUUGGUUUUACAUUAGUCAUUGGACCACAGCCAUUCAGGAACUACCCCUUGCCCCACAAAGAAACCAGCAGUUGUGGGGAGACCCAGCAGCACCUUUCCUCCAGACACCUGCAUUUCGAUGUUCAGGUUUUUGUGUUAAGUUAAUCUGUACAUUCUGUUUGCCAUUGUUACUUGUACUAGACAUCUGUAUAUAGUGUUCGGCAAGAGAGUACCAAUCCACUAUCUCUAGUGCCCGACUUUAAAUCAGUACAGUACCUGUACCUGCACGGUCACCCACUCCGUGCGUCGCCCUAUAUUGAGGGCUCAAGCUUUCCCUUGUUUUUUGAAAGGGGUUUAUGUAUAAAUAUAUUUUAUGCCUUUUUAUUACAAGUCUUGUACUCAAUGACUUUUGUCAUGGCAUUUUGUUCUACUUAUACUGUAAAUUAUGCAUUAUAAAGAGUUCAUUUAAGGAAAACUACUUGGUACAAUAAUUAUUGUAAUUAAGAGAUGUAGCCUUUAUUAAAAUUUUAUAUUUUUCAAAA